UUAUAUAUACGCGCAUACACUCACCCUAUGAAUGAGCCGGCAUAUCAUCUUAAGAUUUAUGAAGCAACUGUAGGCGCCUCAUAGUCGACGGGAACGUCUCCUUCCAUUAAACGCGCAUCAUCGAAAAAAUGCGAGCACUGGGACUUGAACCCUGAUGGACUUUGAUUAACUUUUUUAGGGGUAAUCAGCGAUUAAUUGAUCGCUAUUGAGGCUCAGAAAAAUCAUAUAUUUAAGUAUCUGUAUAUCAUAUAACAUGGUCGUCUCCGGUUGUAAGAAGUGUGUAUUUUUCAGAAUGGGUGGGCCCCGAGCGACAGUCACUGAGCAAAAACCGGGUGCAGAAGAUUGAAGUUUCGAGGAAAAGCGAAAGAAGUAUCGUGUGCGUUUCCGUGGAGGUACGUGUAGCUGUUGUAUAUCCUUUGCUAGUCAGUCCUUUUCGCGUACGGUCCAAGCUAAGCUCAGCUUCCAGCCGUGUUCUUCCUCUAUCGGCCACGCAUAGCCGCGAAAGCAUUUAGCAACAACGUAGACAUAUACGAUUAUUCGAAGAAAAAAAAACGUAGAUAUAGUACGAUGGUAGCAGCGCACGUAUGUCUUCCUGACGUACCGAAAUACCUCACGUUUGACCCAUCUUCUGUCCCCAUGACGCAAAAAAUACUUACUACACCUACGGCUACGGGCUCCCCCCAACGUCGCCGGUUUGGAUCAAAACAUUCCAGUUAACUCUAGAUUAAAGAAGUGCAAAAGAGGAAGGGAAACAGGCCACGCAACGGCGACGGAGACGGCCGGCUGAUUUGAGGACGAAAUCGAGCUGAAAUUUCGACGGUGAUGCCGUGGCGGCGAGUCGUACGCGGAUGAUAUGCUUGAGCCGUACGCGGAGCGGGGGGCUACAGCUGAAAGACCUUGACCGGACGAAUCGCACUCGCACAGCGACGGUGGAUUCGAAGAAGCGCGAUGCCGUUGGCCGGGAUCGUGCCCUCCUCCGCCGCGGCUUUUCUCCUCCUAUUCGUCCUCUUGGCCGAGGGGCAGCCGGCGGAAGGCCUCAUGGCCAAGAACGGCAGCGAGGCCUUCUUGGCGCCAGAGCCAGAGGUGUGCUACUGCUACCGGAGGAGCGUCACCGACGGGGAAGCCAAGCUGACCAAGACGGUCGCCGUCGGCCCUAUUGAGCUGGGCCUGGGCGCAGUGCCGACGUCAAAGACAACAGCAGUCCCGGCGGACACGCACGCGCCCGCACCUCCAGCGCUAGCCCCGCCUGCCGCUGAAACGGGCUUGAGCUGGCGAGCCAAGGCAUGGUGCUGCUGGGUCCUCGCCGUGGCAACGGUGGUCGUCGUGUUCGUGGUGAGGCCUGAAACGUUCCUAGUAUCACCGCGAAUCGACGGCAUGUUCAUCACCGACGGCGAGGGAGAUCCGCCGGUUGAUGGCAACGAACAUACCACCAUGGGCAUGGAUACGGUGCCCGACAUCCUCAAAGUCAGCGUCGACUCAAGCGAAACUAGGCGAGAACGUGGAUCGAGUCCGAUGCCCCGACCCCAGCCGCACGACCCCAUGUUGAUCGCCGAUACCAAUGGGGAUUCGCUGGUGGACGGCCACCACGACGGCCGCGGCGAGCUCUUCUACUGCCCCAUGUGCAUGGAGGCGGCGCCCAUCAUCCUCAAAUCCCGCUUCGACUCGUGCGACGACCACGCCUUCUGCUCGAGCUGUGUCGCCAAGUACGUCGCUGUGAAGCAGCGCCAGGACAUCGCUCUUCCCGUCGAAUGCCCCGACUGCGAGGACGACGCCUGCCGCGACCCCUUGUUGAACAGCGAUGGCGAGGGCAAUGGAGAUUCACGGGCGGACGGCAACGGUAAGCGCUUCUACUGCGCCAAGUGCAUGCAUGUGGCGCCAUGUGCAUGUAUACGGCCCAGCUUCACCUCGUGCGCCCACGACUUCUGCUCGAGCUGUGUUUCUCGUCAACUGCGAGGACGCCGCUGCCAAGCCGGAAAGCUUCCGCGGCAUCACCCCACCGACACCGACCUCCUCCCCAAGGGCAAUGGAGAUUUGCCGGUCGACGUUGGCGGGGAGCUCUUCGACUGCGCCAUCUGCAUGGAGCUGGUGCCCGGCACCCUCAAGUUCAGCGUCAACUCGUGCGCCCACGCCUUCUGCUCGGGCUGCGUCGCCCAGUACAUCGCCGCCAAGCUUGACGACAAGGUCGCUCGCAUCGGAUGCCCGCACCCAGGCUGUGAGGACGGUGCCGUCGAGCCGGAGAGCUGCCACGGCAUCAUCCCCACGGACCUCCUCGACAAGUGGGGCUUGCUGCUGUGCGAGCUCGCGGUAGGCGCCAAGAGGAUGUACUGCCCGUACCGGGAAUGCUCGGCGCUCCUGCUCGCCGACAGCGAGGCGGCGAUCGCCGAGGCGGAGUGCCCGCACUGCCACCGGCUUUUCUGCGCCCGGUGCGCCGUGCCGUGGCACGGCGGCUUCGGGUGCGACGAGUUCCAGAAGCUCGGGCCGGAGGAGCGCGGCCGGGAGGACCUCUUGCUCCGGCGUCUCGUCGGCAAGGAGGGCUGGCAGCGGUGCCCCGAGUGCCAGAUGUUCGUGGAGAAAUCGGAAGGGUGCAACUACAUCAAAUGCAGGUGUGGAUACAGCUUCUGCUACCGAUGCGCAUCCGAGUUGUCCGCGCAAAACCAUUACUGCAACAAGUGCAAGCGCUAAUAACGGUCUGGUUGGCUAUGGAGGGACGCUUCUUACUACCAACUACCACAUGAGUUCAUCUCGGCCAUGUUAAUUUCCUCAAGCCUUCAUCCAAAAAAUGUUUCCUCGAGCGAACAAUGGAAAUCUAGUCAGGAAAAGAACCUUGAUUAAUUAGGUUGUACAGCUUUGUUUGGUUGAUUCUCCACUUGUCGGUGUGGAUUGGUGACAAUAAUAUUCUUGCCACUUUCGAUUUGUAAUUAGGGUAGAGUCAACCAUGUCUUUGAGCUAGCAAUCGCCGUGCUUGUUUUAUAAUGUCCGGCUUGCAACGAACUAUGCACACUACUACAAAUUAAAUUACUAUUGAUCACUCAUCACUGACCGUGUCAGUGAUGAGGGCAACAUUCAGCUACUGAUAUGCCUC